CAACCGCGUCCCCACGCCCCAAACCUGGAGGCGUCCCUCAGUAUUCCUAUUGGCCAAAAGUCUGUAGAGGGAGGUUCUACUUCACAUUCGUUGGUCCGUUGCUCUGGGCGGGGCAAGCCACUGCGUUCCCAUUGGCUGAUUGUUCGAGCGGGGCAGGUCUUUGGACAGCGGUUAGACCUGGACGCCGGACCUCAACGCAUCAGCGAGGCGCGAGCGAGAAGCCAGCCACAUAGUAUUUGGAGGGUGAAGGGCGAUGACCACCCCGGCAGGCUCGGGCUCGGGCUUCGGCUCAGUGUCCUGGUGGGGCCUGUCGCCGGCGCUGGACCUGCAGGCGGAGAUUCUAUAUGCUGGAGCACAACGUGGAGGCUGUGGCCCGACACAUGCUCAUCUUCAGCCUCGCUCUGGAGGACCCUGAGAAGAUGGGGCUGCAAGGCCCAGGUCAUCCACACUCAGGAAUUCCGCCGCUGGAGGGACACAGGCGUCGCCUUUGAACUCAGAGACUCCAGCGCCUACCACGAGCCCAACCGGACGCUGGCCUCCGGCCGCCUCCUGACUCACCGCGGGGAGCGCGUGGCAGCGCGCGGGUACUGGGGGGACAUCGCUACGGGGCCCUUCGUGGCCUUUGGCAUCGAGGCGGAUGACCAGAGCCUCCUGCAGACCAGGAACGGGCAGCCCGUCAAGGUGCGCGGCCAGCCCGGGAGCAGGGGGGCCAGACGCGGGGAGCGCGUGGCAGCGCGCGGGUACUGGGGGGACAUCGCUACGGGGCCCUUCGUGGCCUUUGGCAUCGAGGCGGAUGACCAGAGCCUCCUGCAGACCAGGAACGGGCAGCCCGUCAAGGUGCGCGGCCAGCCCGGGAGCAGGGGGGCCAGAGCCCAGAGCCCAGACCUCAGCCUCACAGAGUGCGGGAUUCCAGGCGUGCUGGAAUCACUUGCUGGGCAAAAACCAAGUCCCCCGGCCUUGGACACUGCCCUCCCCAUUCUGUCUCCUCCUGACCAUGCCCUGCCCCGUCGCCGCCUCGCCGGCGUCUGUCCCCUACCUAGCCGGCCCUUGUGGCCUGGGCCGCCCGCUGUUGUCCCGCCUGUGAACUGUGAACCCGGGCUCUGGCCUCCCGGCCUCAAGCAGGAAUCCGGAGGCACAGGAGACCCGGCCGGGGCACCCUUCACGCUCCACUUCCUGCCGCUCGGAUCCGCGCACUCGCUGCACCACAAAGGCUGCUACCAGGGCCACUUCCAGCUUCUCUACGUGGCCUGCGGAGCUCCUCCCGCAACGCCCCCUGUCCCGGGUGUACCACCGCCUCCCACGCCAGAAGGGGACUCAGCUCCGGAGCCCCAGGGCCCCUCCCUGACUUCUAAAGGGGGCUCUGGAGGCCUGGAGCCCCCGGCGGGAUUCUGA